GAGGCCCCGCCCAUGGUUUGAAUCGGAGGCCCCGCUGUCCUCUCUCGGCCAAUCCUCGACGACGACGGAGUCGUGACGUCCUUUGUGGGCGCCCAAGCUCCGCCCCGCUCGGCAGGUGGCCCCUCCCACCGCGGCGGCGCGCGUACGCGGCCAGGCAGGAUGUUUGCGCGGGGGCUGAAGAGGAAGUGCACGGAGCAGGAUGAGGCUGCUGGCGGCCCAAGGGCACCCUCCUAUCGCCUACAGCGCCAGUCGCUCCUGGACAUGUCCCUGGUCAAGUUGCAGCUGUGCCACAUGUUGGUGGAGCCCAACCUCUGCCGCUCCGUCCUAAUCGCCAACACAGUCCGGCAGAUCCAAGAGGAAAUGACGCAGGAUGGCACGUGGCGGGCGACACCCCCAGCUGCUGGGCCCAUGCCCCUUGAGCAUCUGGUCUCCACAGACAUUCUGUGCCGUGCUGAGGAGGGAGCUCCCGUGCCUGCUCUCGUCCCACCAGGUGACGCCUGGGAGGGGGACGGCCUGCGGGAGGGCAGAGGUGGCCUGCACAAGUCACUGGGCCAGAUCUUCGAGACGCUGGAGGCCAAGAGCCCGAGCUGCGUGGAGGAGCUCUUCUCUGAGGUGGACAGCCCCUACUAUGACCUGGAUGCUGUACUGACAGGGAUGGUGGCCAGCACGCCUGGGGAGGGGCUUGAGGGUUUUGCCCCCACAGCCACCACCACCCCUGGCUCUAGCUGCAAGGCGGACCUGGGUGAGCAGGAGUGUGUGCUGGGCGUGUUGGUGGAGGCCUGAGGCUGCCAUGGGCAGCACCAAGGACAGACAUGAGACAGCACCCAGGCUGAACCACACAGAGUGAGUCUUGGAAAAUGCCCAGAAGGCUUCCCUGGUAGCCCAGGCCUGUCAUCUGGCUGUCAGCUGCCACUCAGACUUCAGCUGGAUGAACCUUUUUAAAUUAAGUUUUGUUUUGGGCAGUGUUUUGCCUUAAGAUAUAUUUUUAAACUUUUUAUACUUUUGUCUCUAGAUUUUUUCAGCUAUUUUCUGGAAAGUAUAUUUUUUCUACAGACACUGCUGCUAAAGACCCCCAUGCGGUCUGAACGGUCCAUUCGCUGUGCCCCAUGGACAGCUGGGCCAGGGCGUCGGAAACACUGCUUGUGCCCUUGGGGCUGUCUCUGAGGAUGGGAUCCCUUGCACUGGGCCAGAAGCUCAGGUCCCCCCCGAACUGGCUGCGGGCACAGGCUGGAAGUUGCAGAGGCCCGUGUUGGGGGCUCGGUGCCAUCGGGUACCUGACCCCAUAGCUGGAGGUUGUCAGUUGGUUUACAAGUCAGGCUUCCUGCUCCUGAUCCACACUUCCUGUUUCUCAUGCCUCACUGGAGCCCAGGGCUCGGCUCUCGCACAUGUGACCACGGCAUCUCUGAUUAAACGCUCUGCCACAGAC